GUUAUCUCUGUGUAAAUAACUGUGUUUACUCCCUGCGGGGAAACGUAGCUUUAAAUUAUUUAUUUAUUGACUCUCUUGCAAAUGGUAGCUGUAGUCGACAGCCUGAACACAUUUCCAUUGGCAUAUGCAACGUUUCAUUUGUUAUAAGAAGUUUUACUCAUUAGAGUAUUUUGAAGUUAAAAGGUGUUUAGUUCAAAAUAUAACACAACAUUGAUAUAACGAAUUGUUACUGAUUGGGAAAAGGGAGAAUGCUUGAAGAAUGUUACCAGUAAAAGGAAGAGAUGCCGGGGUCUGGCAGCAAACAAAAGGCCUGCUGUACAAAAACUUGCUUAUCAAAUGGAGGACCAAACAGCAGAGUCUGCAGGAGCUGAUCCUGCCUCUGCUGUUGCUGGGGCUCCUGAUUCUCAUCAGCACACUGCACCCCCACGUCUAUUACCACGGCAUCUCCACCGUGGAGCUGGAGCGCCAAUACAGCUAUGACCCGGAGCCAAAAUACCUGGGAUACACGCCCAACAAUACUGUUACCAAUCACAUUAUGGACAAGGUGGCAGAACAUUUAACUAACGAAGGGAUUGAGGUGGAGAUGUUCCACAGUGAGAAGGCCUUGGAGAAUGCCAGCCUGCACGAUCAGUCAUCCUGGGUGGGUGUGGUGUUCCAGAGCUCUUUAAGCUACCAGCUGCGCUUUCCCUACAGUUCUGUGCCACUGCCCAGCGACUACACAGACUCAAUCGCCAGCUGCUUUACAGACAGUAAAUCGUGCAAGGCUGCAAACUACUGGUACUCAGGAUUCACCAAACUCCAGUCAUACAUUGAUGCAGCCAUCAUAGAGGUGCAGACCCAGCGGGAGGUCUGGAGGGAAAUGAAAGGGCUACGAGUCGUGAUGAUGGGCCAGCCCGGGUCAGUGGAGGUCCAGAAGUUCCCUCACGCGCUCAUCUCCAUCUACCUGGUCCUGGCGUUCACGCCCUUCGUGUCCUUCCUCAUCGUCAACGUGGCGGCGGAGAAGGAGUGCCGCCUGAAGGAUGCCAUGGCCAUGAUGGGUCUGCGCGACUCUGCUUUCUGGCUGUCCUGGGGCUUGCUGUAUGCUGCCCUAGUCUCCACCAUGUCAGUUCUCAUGGCAAUCAUCUCCACAUGCACCUCCCUCUUUCCCAGCAGCAGCUUCUUUGUGAUCUUUCUGCUCAUUUUUCUGUAUGGGAUAUCCACAAUCUUCUUUUCCUUCAUGCUGACACCCCUCUUCAAGAAGCCCAAGUUCGCCAGCACUGUGGGCUCCAUGCUGACAGUAGUGUUUGGCUGCCUGUCUCUCUUCACUGUCCUGAUGAAGGAUUUCCCUCAGCCGCUGGUCUGGGUGCUGUGCCUGCUGUCUCCCAGUGCCUUCUCCAUUGGCAUUGCACAGGUGGUGUACCUGGAAGCUCAGGGAGAUGGAGCAGUCUUCUCCACUCUGUCCAAUGGCCCCCACCCCCUUUUCGUGCCCCUUGUCAUGCUGGUGCUUGACAGCUUCCUUUACCUCCUGCUAGCAGUCUACCUGGACCAGGUCUUACCAAGGGAAUAUGGAAUACGUCGGUCCCUCCUCUACUUUCUGAAGCCGUCCUAUUGGUCCAGACACAUGAAGCACUAUAAAGAGGUCAGUUCGCGGUUUGAGAGUGAGGUAAACGGCGGCCCUCCAUCCAGCGAGUCAGUCGAGCCCGUGUCUUCAGAGUUCCAGGGGAAGGAAGCCAUCAGAAUUAACAAUAUUCAUAAAGUUUAUAAGGAGAAGGACAGCUCUGUUGAGGCACUUAGAGGCUUGACGUUUGACAUCUAUGAGGGUCAGAUCACAGCCCUGCUGGGUCACAGUGGAGCAGGGAAGUCCACGCUGAUGAAUAUUCUGUGUGGGAUCUGCCCUCCCACUAAAGGCUCUGCCAUGAUCUAUGGCUCCCCAGUGUCUGAGAUUGCAGAGGGGCUGGAGAUGCAGAGGCUGGUGGGAAUCUGCCCGCAGUUCAACAUCAUGUUCGAGGUGCUGACUGUGGAGGAGCACCUGAGGAUCUUUGCUGCCAUCAAGGGCAUCCCCCCGGGCGACAUCAAUAGAGAGGUGGCCAAAGUGUUGAAGGACUUGGAUCUGGAGAAGAUCAUGGACGCCCAGGCCAAGAACCUGAGCGGCGGCCAGAAGAGGAAGCUGUCUGUGGGCAUUGCCAUCCUGGGGGACCCCAAGAUUCUUCUCCUGGACGAGCCAACGGCAGGAAUGGACCCCUGCUCCCGGCACCAGGUGUGGUCUGUGCUGAAGAGCCGUCGGUCGGAUCAUGUUACUGUACUCUCCACCCACUACAUGGACGAAGCUGACAUCCUGGCAGAUCGUAAAGCUGUGAUCUCCCAAGGACUCCUCAAGUGUAUUGGCUCCUCUCUCUAUCUCAAAACUAAAUGUGGGGUCGGCUAUCACCUCCGAAUGUCAGUGAAUGAGUCAUGUGACACAGACCACGUGACCUCAUUGAUCAAACAGCAUGUCUCUAAAGCACAGUUGUCACGGCAGCAGGAGGCGGAACUGACAUACACUCUUCCCUUUGAAAACAUGGACACUUUUUCAGGCCUGUUCUCAGAGCUGGACAGCCAGCCUAAUCUUGGAAUAGGAAACUAUGGUGUUUCCAUGACAACACUGGAAGAUGUUUUCCUGAAGCUGGAGGCUGAGGCCGAGGUCGAUCAAGCAGACUACAGCGUGUUUAACCAGGAGCAGGUGGAGGCGGAAGGGGACGCCUCCUCUCUGGACGACACUGACCAGCAGCUCCUUGUCUUCUCUGACAGCAAGUCUGAGGGUGUCUCUGGGCACGCUCUGUGGAGGCAGCAGUUCCGCACCGUAGCCAGACUGCACCUGCUCAAUCUGCAGAGGGAGAGGAAGCCCAUAAUUCUGGCUCUGUUCGUCAUCUUCCUGGCCUCAGUGCUGGCUCUGUCCCUGAUCAGUGGCAAUAUCCGAAUCAACGCUACGUCCCGUCGGCUCUCCCCAGACCUCUACCUCCUCAGCAGCAAACAGCCGCUUUCCAAGUACGCGAGCAGCCUGCUGCUGCACAAUGCCACCGACUCGAGUAUUGAUGACUUCAUCCAAAAUCUGGAAUCACAGGAUAUUAAGGUGGAACUGCAGAUAGGAAAUGAUUUCAUGGCAACUUCCCCACAUAGUGCCGCCUUUAACAUUUCAGGUUCCAGUAAGCAGCACUACGAGUACACAGCUGUGUUUAACAGCACCAAGGUACACUCCCUUCCUAUGCUGCUGAAUAUCCUGAGCAACGCUCUGCUGCGCAGCCUCAACGGGACCGGCCGCAUCGAGACGUGGAGCAAACCCUUUGAAUUUAAAAUUCCUGAGGCUCUAUCGAACGCCCUGAUCUACAUUGAAGCGGUUCUGCUUGGAAUGCUGGCAGCAGGAAUGCCAGCCUACUUUGCCAUGGAACACACACGGGACCGUGAGAUUAAGUGCCGUUCCCAGCUGCGAAUCUCAGGCUUGGUCCCGUCUGCUUAUUGGUGCGGUCAGGCAGCUGUCGACAUCCCCUUCUACUACCUCAUCCUGAUCGCCAUGACCAGCACUCUCUUCGCCUUCCACUCGGAGGAGCUGCUGCACGCUGGCGCAUACACCUCGGUGAUCCCGUGUCUGACAGGCUACGGUCCGGCGAUGAUCCUCUUCACCUACGUGGUGUCCUUCAUGUUCACUCGCGUCCAGAACAACCGGGAUUUCCUCUCCGUCGUCUCCAUGUUGGUCUGUGUAGUAUCUGCUUUCCUGGUUCAGCUGACCUAUGUGAAUGAAAACCAGAUCGUAGCCACAAUUCUGCACAACUGUUUGUGCUUUUUCAACCCACUGUACCCACUUAUGGGCUGCCUCAACUGCAUCACCAAGAAGACUUUUACUGACAUGAGCGUUUAUGAAGACACUGGAACACUGAGUAGAAACAUGCUGGUAACCAUUGUUUCGCCCUACCUGCAGUGCAUCUUUCUUCUCUUCCUGCUGCGCUGGCUGGAGAUCCGAUACGGAGGCAAGACCAUGAAGAAUGAUCCGCUGUGCAGGAUCUCCUCUGGGAAGACGAAAGCACAGAGGAACCCUGAAGAGUCCGAGAACGAGGACGAGGAUGUCCAAGCAGAGAGGGCGAGGGUCAAGGAGGCACUGAGCUGUCAAAGCUGCGAGGAGAAACCAGUGGUGGUGGUGAGCAGCCUAAGGAAGGAGUACAGCGCCCAUCAUGACGGUUUCAUCUUGAACACCAAGAAGAAGAAAGUGGCGACUAAAAAUAUCUCCCUGUGCGUUCGGAAAGGGGAAGUGCUGGGUCUGCUGGGUCCGAACGGAGCAGGGAAGACCACUACCAUGUACAUGCUGGCUGGAGAAACUGAGCCCACAGCAGGACAGGUGCUGAUGGGCGAUUACUGCACAGAGUUCCGCCAGGUGGACAGCCCCCUGGAGUACAUCGGCUACUGUCCGCAGGUGAACCCGCUGUGGCCCAAGAUCACCCUGCAGGAACACCUGGAGAUCUACGCCUCUAUCAAGGGGCUCGGCCAGAAUGAGGUUGCCGGCAUCAUCAAGCGUGUUGUGAAUGCACUGGAGUUGAAGGAACACCUUCAAAAGAAAGCCAAGAAUCUCUCGGCAGGAAUUAAGAGAAAGCUGUGUUUUGCCUUGAGCAUGCUGGGUAACCCACAGAUUGUGCUUCUGGAUGAACCUUCAACAGGAAUGGACCCCAAAGCCAAGCAGAGGAUGUGGAGAGCUAUCCGUGCAGCAUUCAAGAACCGACAGCGGGGGGCGAUACUCACCACCCACUACAUGGAGGAGGCCGAGGCUGUUUGUGACCGAGUCGCCAUCAUGGUGUCAGGGCAGUUGCGGUGUAUUGGCUCCAUCCAGCACCUGAAGGGAAAGUACGGCCGUGGGUACAGCCUGGAGGUGAAGCUGCAGGAGGAGAUGACAGGGCUGCAGCAGGUUGAUCCCCUUCACAAGGAGAUCCUGAGAAUCUUCCCUCAUGCAGUGCGGCAAGAGAGCUUUGCCACUCUGAUGGUGUAUAAGAUCCCCAUGGAAGAUGUGAAGUCACUAUCACAGUCCUUUUCACAGUUGGAAAAGGCAAAAGAUUCCUUCCAUUUUGAGGAGUACAACUUUUCUCAGGCUACACUGGAACAGGUGUUCUUGGAGUUUGCUAAAGAGCAGGAGAAUGACGAGGAAGAGAUUGGGUCCCUGAGCACAACGUUUCAAUGGCAGAGACUUCAGCAAGAUGAGCUGGUGUCAACGCCCCACUCGGACAGCAUUGUCCACCAGCUUUAACCUCUGGAGCCGGAAUACUGAACUCUUUUCUAUUGAUCUUGGAUCUCUUGUACUUCUCUCUGUGUGUAUUGAAUUUGACAGCUUUCAGAUCUCCAGUACUGAAUUAUUUCUGUUCAGUUUGCUGGCAUCGCUGCAGCAUUUUAUUGGAAAUAAUGCAGGACAACUUUUCUUUUGGUUUAUGUUUUGAGAGGAUCUUCAAAUGUUCUCCCGCCCCCUUCCUAAAGGAGAUACACUUGAUUGAAUGCACUCUCACCCUGCCAAUAUGAGUGGAUUCGUUUCAAGGAAAUGACAGCCUUUUGAAACGAGCAUGCAUGCUCAAAGGGGCUACCCUUUAUAUCUGGAAUAAACACAGUAUAUAUCAUUUUCAUGCCACAAUAUAAAAUGGCACAGACAGCAUUAAAUCCAGCAAGGUGCGACGAUACUGCGGCUGCUACAGAAACACCAUGCAUUAAGAAAAAUCGCAUUAGGUAACAAAAGUAUCUUAAAGGGGAAUUGAUUUCAGCCUAAAUACUUCACUGUUGCCAUAU